UACUAAGCAACUGAAUAAUGAUUUAACCCCUUGAAAAAUAUGUGGACAUGAACAAAAGCAGAGGUAGAGAGUGAAAGAAGAACUAGAAUCCCAACAAUGGCAACAACAAUACCAAUACUCAUGUCACCAUCUACCUUUAAACUAUCCCCUUCAUCAACCAACACUCUAUUUUGCAUUCACACCAACAAAUUCAUCACCAGCAACAUCAACAACAACAGAACCAAGUUAUUGCUGCUAUGUCUAAGUUCAAGAAACGGAACAGAGUGUCCUGUUCCACAAGAACAACAACCCAUAAACGAGUACCAGUCCUUGUCAACGUCGUUUCCCUUUUCAUGGGCCGCCGGUGACGUCGUUGAAUUCGGCUCCCGCCUCUUCGUUGUCGGCUUUUCCUUUGCUCUCUUUGUCGGCCUCCCUGUAGCUUGGUUCGGAACCGUUGGCGCCCAAUCCGAACCUGCCAAGAGGAUCGUCUGUGCUGCUUCGAGUGGGAUUUUGGCGGUUACGUUUGCGGUUGUUAGAAUGUAUCUGGGUUGGGCUUAUGUCGGUAAUCGCUUGCUCAGUGCCACCGUUGAAUAUGAGGAGACAGGGUGGUAUGAUGGCCAGAUAUGGGUGAAAACUGCUGAAGUUUUGACACGAGAUAGACUCUUGGGAUCAUUUUCCGUUAAGCCUGUACUUGGUAGAUUGAAAAUUACUCUAGUCGGUUUGGCAGCAUGCUUGGUGACAUGUGCUCUUAUCUUUGUGAACAUUGAUGAAAGUUAUCUAACAUCAAGAGAAACUGGAGUUCGAGCAAUACCUGGAGUUUACAAUGAUGAAUCUGCAAGAACAUUUGAACCAGAUGCAUUUCGUGGCGAGCCUGAUCUUCAAGAAUAGUACAUGACUUAAUUUGGAGGAAGAGGUGUGCUCUAUUAAUUCAAUACUCUCUGUACAUAUAUUAUGUAGUAGCAUUUGACAGUGCUGUGAAGUUGAAAAAUAAAAUGAGGAAAAUGUAUAUUUUUAA